GGGAGGGUCAGUGGAGACAAUCUAACUUCUGUCUGAACUUGAGCUAGCUGUUGGAGACGCUUCGUUCAGAAACUUUAUUUUAUUAUCUAUAUUAUAUCAGCUCUUCAGCAUUUUUUACAAUACAAAAUGUCUGCAGCCGCGGUUCAGUGUCCCUAUCUGGUUUUGGAGAACUUCAUCGGGGGGAAAUUCGUCCCAUGUCGGAGCCACAUCGACUCGUAUGAUCCGUCCACAGGAGAGGUUUACUGCAAGGUGCCUGACAGCGGCAAAGAGGAAGUAAGUACUGAGAGUAAUCCUGCAGAAUAAAAUCAUUUCAUUCACUAUAUUACGAUGCAUUUAGCUGUUUUCUUGUCUUAUAUGAGAUCAAUUUAAAGAAAGACAGUGUAGACAAAUUACCUAUGAGGUUUGCUCUACAACAUGACAGACCAUGUCUAACAACCUUUCAACACUUUUGCAUCUAAAUAUGAUCCUUUUUAAGAUAUUACUCUUAUAAAUUGGCUUGUGAUAUGCAAACAUCAUUUAAAACGUAGCUUCAUUAUGGCUAUGAUCUGUUCAUAAUGAUCUUCCGUUGUAAGGCCUCUUUGAAUUAUAGUGAGACGUUUAUAAGCCUCUCAAAGGUCGACUUCAUCUCAUUUUAUUGCCUUUGCUUGCAUUCAGUGUUGACUGCAUAUGUAACAAGACGUCCUUACAGUCUCUAACUAGUGCUUGUACAAUGUUCAGGAAUCACUGUGAUGGUGCAUUUUUCAUGUUUUCCAUGCAGAGUUGUGUAAGAAUCCAAGUUACUACUGGUGCUGCAUGUGAAACUGUUUCACAGGCUAAUGUCAGAGGAUGCACCUUUGCUCUUUGCAGAGUCAACAGUGAAGUAAUGAUUGAUCAUGUCACAUGUCAGUAAACCCUCAUGUUUUCUGCCAAAUAGUAGUAAAGUAAAGUAGUAGUAAAACUAGAUAGAUGUAUCUUCCGAACACAUAUUUUUAAUAAAGUGCAUUCAUUAUCAAAAUGUUACCAUAGACGUCUUGUGACAUUCUCAUGCACUGCAUCAAUGAAGGGAAAAAAUGUGACAGGCCAGAGAGAUUAAGGGAUUUUAGCAGAAAGACUGGUUACUUGUUAAUAUUUUCUCUCUAAUAAUAAUUUUAGAGGUCAUGAACCCUGUGUUGCAGCCUAAAAGUAAUCUCUCAUUGUCUGCAGGUGGAGGCAGCAGUGGCGGCAGCUAAGGAAGCGUUCCCCGGCUGGUCGGCCCGCAGCCCAGAGCAGCGAGCUCAGAUCCUCAACAAGCUGGCUGACCUGAUAGACGCAAACCUGGAGGAGUUGGCACAAGCUGAGUCCAGAGACCAAGGUGUGUGAGGCACAUUUUGAGGUGAUAACAUUAUGAGAGCAAAGUUAUGCAGAGCCAGAGUUUUUACAUGUAAGGAUUACCAUUGUUACACUUUGACAUUAUAGGGAAGACAGUCACAUUUGCACGGACUGUGGACAUUCCCAGAUCAGCGUACAACUUCCGCUUCUUUGCAUCCUCGGCGCUCCACCACACCACCGACUGCAGCCAGAUGGACCACAUGGGCUGCCUGAACUACACCAUCCGCUGCCCUGUGGGAGUGGGUAAGAGCUCAUAUUCAAAAAUUUUAAAUAUGACAUUUUUGUUGAUGUUUUAUUUGAAUUGAUGUUAUUGUUGCAUCUGAAGCUGGUCUGAUCAGCCCCUGGAAUCUCCCUCUGUACCUGCUGACCUGGAAGGUUGCACCUGCAAUCGCUGCUGGUAACACAGUGGUGGCGAAACCCAGCGAGAUGACCUCUGUUACUGCCUGGAUGAUGUGCAAACUGAUGCAGCAAGCUGGUAGGACUACUGUACCCAUAGGGUUGCCAUCUUCCUGAAAAAAAUUUAAGGGACACCUCACUGGCAGGGCCGGCCAACCCGAUUGCUUUCACUCUUCCUGGCAUGGUUAAUCUUUUUAUCCCUUUUUUGUGUGUGUGAAAUGAUUUCUCCACCAUUCCGAGUGGAAAAAUCAUUUCGAAACAUAUCACAAACAAUUUUUGUGAUAUGGACACAUGGAAAAAAACAAAUCAUGAUUUAGCAACUUAUUUUUAAUGCAAAAUACCAAAAAUAAACAGAAUAAAAUCAACAUCUUUCCUAAACGGAAACCUGUUCAGCUUAAGUUCAUAGAAAAAUAAUCUUUAACAGAACUCUGUCUGGCUUUAAUUAAGACAGAAUAAAAAUAAGUUGCGUCUCUUUCUUUGACCAAACUCUAUCCUGCUUAACUUAAAUUUUAGAAAUUAAUAGAAAACAAUAAAAAGCAGAACAUCCCUAAAGGUGAGAUAAGACAAAGAUUGGAUAUCAAGAAAGUCAUGAACCUGUUAUUCAAUAAAUUGUAUAAAACAGAUUUAGAAGCUUAUACUUACUUUCUUCAGCCUUGGUGUCCUGGAGACGGUCAGUGAGACAAAAGUGAGAUAAGACAAAGAUUACUUUGUGAGAAAGUCAUUUAACUAUAAUUUGAUAAAUUCUAUAAUAUUUAGUGAUUUUUGAUCAGAUUUAAAAGUUCAUACUUACUUUUUUGGUGUGUGUAUAGGCACACAGCUGCUCAGGUGGGAGAGAGAAAACAAUAUUUAAGUGUAAGUAAGACUGACAAACAAUUUUUUUUAAAUUAUAAUGACAAUAAUAGGACAUAAAUCAUCAACAGUUUCCUUAACAGCAAUAGAGUAAAUUUACCAAAGAUAAGCUGUUAGGAAAUUAGGAUUUUAUCAUUGACAACCAAAUGUGAGAGUUUACAGUCACUGGUUUGAGGCUGUUCUUUAAAAUGUAUAAAAGUUAGUUAAACCUAAACAUGAAUAAUUCAAUCAGUAAUAGUAAACCGAUUUAGAGGUUCAUACUUACUUUCUUCGGCCUCGUUGUACCAGAGAAGCUCAUUAAGACAAAAGUGAGGUAAGAUAAACAUCGGUUAGUGAGAAAGUCAUUUAACUAUUAUUCAAUAAAUAUAAAUAGUAAUCGAUAUUUGAUCACAUUCAAAAACCUCAUAUUUACCUUUUUGGUGUGUGUAGAGGCACACAGCUGCUCGGGUGGGAGAGAGAAAACGAUAUUUAAGUGUAAGUUAGACUGGCAAACUCUAUAUUUAAAUCAUAAUUACAAUAAUUAUAGGACAUAAAUGAUCAACUUUUUUUCUUGACAGCAAGAAAAAAAUAAUUUAACAAAAAUAAGCAGUAGGAAAUAAGGAUUUUAUCAUUGACAACACUUGCUAUGUCAAAUGUGAGAGUCUACAGUCACUGGUUUGGGGCUAUUCUUUAAAAUUCAUAAAGAAUUAGUCAUUUUAACCAGUUAAACUUUAACAUAAAUAAUUCAGUCAAUAAUAUGAUAUAGAUUUAUAAUUUUAUACUUACUUUUUUCAGCCUCCUAAGACAAAAAAAUGGUUAAUAAGAAAGUCUUUCACCCAUUUUUUAAUGAAUACUAUGAAUAUGAAGUGACAUUUAAUUGAAUUCAAAAGUUUGUACUGAACUUUCAUGUUGCAUGGAUGGGAGGAGCUCUGCCAACAUGGUCUAAUGGUUCCUCAUCAGGCCAUGUUGGUGUCUUUGAUGAAGGGCCCUCCUCCUGAUCACUGUCCUCUCACUGCCUGCGCCUUCCUCUAGCAGAGAAGUCAGGAGGGCAAGCAUGAAGUUAGCCCUGAAUAGGGCGACCUCAGGAGAAGCAGGAGGAGAAAGCUCAGGGGAAACAAGAGAAGAGAGACCAGGGGUGGAAGGAGGAGCGCAAUCAGGAACAGAAGGAGGAGCGCAAUCAGGAACAGAAGGAGGAGAGCGAUCAGGAGUAGAAGGAGGAGAGGAGUCAGAAGGAGAGCUGAAGAAAUCAGAACAAGCAGAAGAGGGAUCAGAAGAAAAACACAUUUUGUUACAACAAGCUGUGGGCAAAUCAUAAACACAUUACAUAGUGGCCUAAUGUAUCCAUUUAUAUUUCUUCUAAGCCCCUGCUACAGCAAGGAGCUGUUUGUCUUUCAGUGCUACAGAAGUAAAACUCUGAGCAACAAAUUUCAUAAUUUAACGUUUUAUAGAUGUUAUCAUGCACUUUUCCCACCCUGUUGUUGUCUUUUCCCCAUUCCUCCCUGUACUCUUCCAGCCUUUAUGUGUUAUAGUCAUUUCUUGUCUUCUGGUAUCUUCUUUGCAAGCAUCCAUACCUCGACCAAUGACAUAAGCAGGAUUCUGUACUGUUAUCCUCCUGUUUGGGUGUGCUGUAAGCUCAUUGGUCAGUUUUUAUAGAAAGCACCCUGAUGUUUAUUAGAUCCAUUGACAUUUUACAGAUUAUUUUUGAUAGUGCGUCCCUUUUCAACUCAAUACGGGAAUGCAUACUUUUGUUUCUAAAUACGGGACAAUUCUGUUUUUUAAGGGAAGGUUGGCAACCCUAGUACUCAUGAUGCAAUAGCAAGUAGGCACAUGUAAACAGACUAUGAAUGGAUGAAAAUGAUGGAUUUUCUCCCUCUGCAGGUGUUCCUCCAGGUGUGGUAAACAUUGUAUUUGGCACUGGACCUAAAGCAGGUGAUGCCCUGGUUGGCCAUCCUGAAAUCCCCUUAGUUUCCUUCACUGGCUCCACUGCUACAGCACAGUACAUCACAGAGCGCAGCGCCCCCUACUGUAAGAAACUCUCACUGGAGCUGGGAGGAAAAAACCCAGCCAUCAUUUUUGCUGAUGCAAACCUGGACCAGUGCAUCGAGACCACAGUCCGCUCCAGCUUCUCCAACCAGGUGAGAAAAUGUACCUUGUGAGUGUUUAAGACUCACCUUCACACCUUUUUGCUAGUUUUUUUUUCCCCCUGCCUUUUUCAUUUCAUAUAGACAAAGAAAGUUGGAUAACUUGUAGAAUUAAAAAAAAUCAAGAUCCAUAUGAUGUAAGAUUAGCAUUGUGGUCUUACGCAGCAGCUGGUUAGCCUAUUUAGACGUACUGUAAGACUAGAGGGAGGGUGAUGCAUGUUUCCACUUGUCUGUAUUGUUAAAUUAAUUCAUACACUCACUUCUGGGACUAGUUACAAAGUCAACACACCCCCUGGAAAGUUACUGACCACUGCACAGAUUUUCAAAGACAAUGCUGUUAAUCAUUGAGCUUUAAAUCAAUAUGAACUUUUCAUACAAAUCAGAAAUGCCACACAAAGUGUUUUACAAAGAAGCUGAAAGAACUUUGUCAAAGUUGCAGUAGAAUCAGUAAGCGUGUUUCCAGAAAAGUAGGUAUUCAGGAGAGGUCAUGUGGCUCAUUUUGCUAGUUGAUCCUGGGCAGACCAACCUGAUUACGGUUUUCACCUUUUACAGAUUUUUUCAGAGGCUUUUUUUUUUCCUUUAAAAUGUUGCACAUAUAUGGCAAACAUUCAUUCCCAACACACAACAUCAGUGAAAUAAAGGCUGUUUUUACUGCUCAGAACAUACAAUAUAUUCCAUCCUGUGUAAUGUCUGCAUUACUUAAUUUGUCCACAUGGGGGAGAUCAUGUCACAUAUUUUGCAGUAAGUAGUUCCAUGUAAACAGUGGCCUGAAAUAACAGCUGACAAUCCUCCCUGUUUCUCUCUGUCCCCUCCUCUUCCCCCACACAUGCAAUACCUGAGCACUUCACACAAGCUGUCAUGAUCAUAUGACAUCAAUAAAGAUCUCUCUGAUUCAACCAAAAAUGUACACACAUCAUCCAUGUGAUUUACCCCAUUUUGGAUUUUCGAAAUUUGAUUUUGUCAGCUUUUUAAAACUUAUAUACCAGUAUAUUUAUGAUUUUGAGGGUUAUGCUUAGUUAUUUUCUUUCACUCGUGUUUUUAAAAAAAUCUCUUCUCCCUCACGUGUCUUACAUCAUCCUCACAUGACUGUAGCUUUCAUUUUUUUGGAUUCAACUCCAUCUCUCUUAAACUUUUGUUUUGUUUCUUUCCUGGUUUUCUUGAGAGUCACAGUUUUGAGAAAAAAGUAAAUCCUUAGCCUCAUCUUCCCCUUUUUUCUCUCUUUCUUAGGGAGAAAUCUGCUUGUGCACCAGCAGGAUUUAUGUAGAGAGGAGUAUUUACUCUGAGUUUCUGGACAAGUUUGUUGCUGCAGCUAAAAAGUGGAAAACAGGUGUGCCCUCUGACCCUGGUAACAACAACGGAGCGCUCAUCAGCAAGGAGCACCUGCAAAAGGUGAGGAAAUGUAGCAAAGAAAGAAACAAAGAUGUUUAAAUGCAGUUUGAGUUGGAAUAACUUUUUUAUUUUCAGGUUCGAAGCUUUGUGGCACUCGCCAAAUCUGAAGGCGGCAUCAUCCACUGUGGCGAAGGGGUCGACCAGCUGGAUCUUCCUGAACGCAACGCCAGUGGUUACUUCAUGCCUGCCACUGUCAUCUCAGGUGUGAGUGACAGCUCCCGUGUUAUGCAGGAAGAGAUCUUUGGCCCCGUCACUUGUGUCAGCCCUUUUGACACUGAGGAUGAAGCUAUUUCCAAAGGCAACGGCGUCCGCUAUGGUCUAGCAGCGACUGUGUGGUCCCAGGACGUCGGGAAGGUCCACAGGGUGGCCAAGAGGUUACAGACCGGUUUGGUGUGGACCAACUGCUGGCUGGUGAGAGAUCUGAAUCUGCCUUUUGGAGGGAUGAAGAACUCAGGUGUGGGGAGGGAGGGAGGGAAGGAUUCGUACCACUUCUUCACAGAGGUGAAGAGCGUCACCAUCAAGCACUGAGGAGGAGAGUCUGGUGGCAGCAGAGGCGUGUAUCAACUGAGAAACUUUUACUCUUCAAAGUGGGAAGUUUUGAAGUUAAUCUUGACCUUCAUCAGCCUCUGAGCGCUACUCUUUGGAAUUUUAACAACAAAUUUCUCCUCCCACACUUCCUCGGGUUAGUGGAGCUUGUAAUUAAAUCACAUUUACAGAAUAUGAAAGUCAGAGAGUUUUAAUGGAACAAAAAAGAUGAAUGAACCAGCAGGAUCCAAUAGAAACCCCAGCUGAUGAGAAAAUACAUCACAUCGAAUGAAAAAGCAAUCUAUUAGACCAUUUUCAUUUAGUAUUCACUUCUUAGUAUUCACAUACUGUACCUCUGCUGUGGAGCAGUUGAAAUAUUUUGUUUUUCAGUUGUGUGUCGAGGAAUAAAAAGUACAGACUGAACCAUGUGAAACCAGAAA